AUGUCGGGGGCUCUAUCUAGUCGGGUGAAGAACAUGAAGUUCAUGCAAAAGCCAGAUGAUAGUAAAAUAAAUGAUACAAAAGUUCAAGAAACGAAAUUACAUGAUUUAUCAGAAUGGGUAUUACCAAACCUGCAAAGAAUACUAAAGUUGGCAUCAAUGAAAUCUCGAAUAGAAAAAGUUGGAUAUGGUGCAAUAAUGAGUGAUCGAAAUUAUAGAACGACUCGAAGAUCAUGGGGAAAUAAAUAUGAUAUGGAAGAAGUUAUGGAUGACAACAGUAUCAAACAUGAAGAACUUCGGAAUGUAUCACGAGAUAAAGACCAAGACAUGAGUCUGCUAUGGCGAAAGAGGAAAGCUGAACAUUCGCCGGAUUCGAAGAAAAAGAAAAGAAUACUAUGA